CAUCUAUAUCUCACCAGUUGAUUAAGCUUGUAGACGUCGAGCUAUCAAGUACCACACAUCCGACCUAAGCCGACUCAACGGGCCAGGUAACUGAGCGUUACGAGGCCCAUGCCGGACAAACGGGCGUCUUGUAUACCAAAUGAAGAUAUAUCUAGGUUAUAUAUAUCUCCAGUUGUAAGCAUUACCUACUACGAGAUUCUUCAUAUAUCAUAAAGCCAGCAAAGAAAGUAUUAAUACGCCAUCCCCGGAUAAUAUCACAACCAUUCCAUUGGCCAACUCCCCCUGCCGGGCUGCCCUUCUCCUUUACAACCGGAUAUUUUAACCACAACAAAUUACCCCCAACAUUAGACUAGCCCACGGGGUUCAUAUCUGGGGAAGCAACAUAAACGCAGUAAUUGGUUCAGUCGAUAGCGCUUCGUCUUGGCGAUGACCUGCUCCCCGGUAUUUGAAAUGUGUUCCCCGUGGUAUAUCACAGCGGCCUCGCCGGGCACAUUAGCGCGCCCGUCUUCCCUAUCUCUCACAGCCUGUGCCUCUCCUACCGGAAAACGACAACUCACCCAAGUCUCGCCUCAACAUCUACAGCAAAGAUGAAGCUAAUCACGUUCCUGGCGCUGGCAGCUACUGCCCAAGCCCACUACCGCUUCUCCAAGCUAAUCAUCAACGGCGAGCAAGAAGCCGCAGAGUGGACCUCCGUCCGGAAGACCAAGAACUACCAGACCAACAGCGGCGUCACCAGCGUCGACAGCCCCGACAUGCGAUGCUACCAAGCAAGCCCGGGCACCGCCACCGCCACCAUAGCCGCCGGCCAAGUCCUAGGCUUCGCCGCCAACGCCGCCGUCACCCACUUCGGCCCCGUCCAGUUCUACAUGGCCAAGGUCCCCGACAGCGCCGACAUCAACACCUGGGAGCCCGCGGGCAACGUGUGGUUCAAGAUCGGCAGCAUCACCGCCGUCCCGCCGCUGGGGUCUAGCGAGGCUACUUGGCCCGCUUACAACAAGAAAGCCGUCAACGUAACGAUCCCCAAGAACGUCCCGAGCGGGAACUACCUCGUGCGCGUCGAGUCCAUAGCCCUCCACCAGGCACAGUCCAUCGGCGGCGCUCAAAUGUACCUCUCGUGCGCGCAAGUCAAGGUGACAGGUGGCGGCAGCGGGACUCCCGGUCCGCUCGUCACUUUCCCCGGCGCCUACAAGGCUAGCGAUCCCGGUCUGAUCUGGUCUUACUACCCCGUUCCGACUACCUAUACUGCUCCCGGUCCGGCCGUUUGGCAAGGCUGAGAUGUUAUAAGUUGCUGAGUGGGAUAGUCGCGUGUUAUGUAGAGACCUUUAAGAUAGCUGUCUAGCUAUAGCGGUGGGCAUUCGUCAGUAUAUAGGUUAUGUACCUAGGUAGACAAUAUAGUAUAUUAAUAUACCAAAGUGCUGUCAUAGAAAA